UCAUCCUGUUGGGACUGAAUGUUUCCAGCAUCAAAUCAGGAUGUUGGUUUUCAUCUGGAUAAUUGUGUCUCUCUCUACUAACAACGGUGCAUUAGGACAGGAAGAACAGUGUCAACAACUUGGUUACUGUGUUACUCUCUCUACAACCAUAACAGCAGAGGCUGGACACUGUGCUGUGAUACCAUGUUCUUUCAAAUCUGAAUUUGAGCCAAAAGUUAUUAUUUGGUUUAAAUGCGAAAACCCCCCAAACCCAUGUUCAAAUUCUGACCUUGUCUUUCACUCUAACAAGAGCAAUACAGAUAUUCAGUCUGGGUUCAAAGGUCGAGUAUCACUGCUGGAGCCUGAUGUGACUCACAAGAACUGCAGCAUCAAAAUCAAUGAUCUUAGCAAGUCUGAUUCUGGAUAUUAUCAGCUCAGAGUUGAAGGAGACGGAGAUAAAGAUAAAUUUACUUUUAAAGAGGCAUACACCAAUCUCUCUGUAAAAGAUCUUAAUCAAAAGCCAGAAGUAAAGAUUCCUCCUCUGAUUGAGGGACAGCAGGUCACUCUGAGCUGCACUGCUCCUGGUUUCUGCUCUGGGUCUCCUCCUAAAAUCACCUGGAUGUGGAGAAGAAAAGGAGAGAAGGACUCUCACAUCCAGGGAAACAUCACUGCUACAAAAACGGAGAAUCUGACUGCUGUCACACAGAGUCACAGCUCAACUCUGACCUUUGAACCAUCAGCUGAAAAUCACCACAACACCAAUAUAACCUGUCGGGUCAGUUUGAGAGGAAAUGAAACCAGAAAGACGGCAACACUGAAUGUAAACUACUUUAGAAAACCUCAGAUCUUUGGCAAAACCACAGUAAAGGAAGGAGAUGAUCUGAAUCUGGCCUGCAGUGUUGACAGCUUCCCUCCCUCAGUUAUAAAGUGGAAUAAAGUUGGAACAGAUUGCAACCUGCAGAACAACAUUUUAAACAAGUCUUAUAACAGCACUGAAACAUUCCUGACUGAGAGUCCUCAUAAUUCUUCUUUGCUCAUCAUUGAUGUAACAUCAGAAGACGCUGGACUCUACAUUUGUACAGCAAUAUACCAGAAUGACACCCUGACAGAAGAAGUCAUUGUUCAUGUGACAU